AUGACUGAUUUAAACGUUUUCAAGAUAGGAGAUGCUCUAAGACAGGUUCUGGGAUACAUUCCUACGAAUGUCCAGAAACUGUCCUCUGGUGCUCUCCUCAUCAAGUGUGCAUCGAAUAAAGAACUGGCCGGACUUGAAAAGAUAACGACCUUCGGUGGUGUUCCUUGUGUUUCCGAGCGACACCAGAAAUUUAACCAGUCGAAGGGCGUGGUCCGCAGCCAUGAGCUGAAGGGCUGCUCCAACCAAGAUAUCGUGGAUAACUUUGAGGGUGUGGUCGAAGCCCGCCGAAUUACUAUUCGACGGGGGGAGUCCACGCUAGAAACGAACACAAUAAUUCUAACUUUUGAUUCGUGCCGCCCUCCAGCCACCGUUCGGGCAUCAUACUUGGUCUUGGACGUACGACCCUAUGUGCCGAACCCUCUACGCUGCUUUCAGUGUCAGAAGUUUGGCCAUAGUACCACUAACUAA